UGGGGACCGGGGCAGCGGCUGGAGCCGGGGGCGGCCGCUGGUCCCGUCCCGUCCCGUCCCCUCGCCUCCCCGGUGUCGCCGCCCGCCGGGGACCGGGCUUCGGCCGCCUCGUCCGGACCCGUCGGAGGAGGAGCGCGGCGGGAUGGCGGCCGGCGGGUACGGCCGGUACCGGGCCGUGAUCUUUGCGGCCAUGUUCGUGGGGUACACGCUCUACUACUUCAACCGCAAAACCUUCUCCUUCGUCAUGCCCGCCGUCAUGGCCGAGGUGCCGUUGGGCAAGGACGAGCUGGGUCUCAUCACCAGCAGCCAGUCCGCGGCCUACGCCAUCAGCAAGUUCAUCAGCGGCGUCCUCUCGGACCAGCUGAGCGCCCGCUGGCUCUUCUCCUCUGGGCUGCUGAUGGUGGGGCUGGUCAACGUGGGCUUCUCCUGCAGCUCCACCGUCGCCGCCUUCGCCGGGCUGUGGUUCCUCAACGGCCUGGCGCAGGGGCUGGGCUGGCCGCCCUGCGGGAAGGUGCUGCGGAAGUGGUUUGAGCCCUCUCAGUUUGGGACCUGGUGGGCGAUCCUGUCCACGAGCAUGAACUUGGCCGGAGGCUUGGGCCCCAUCGUUGCUGCUCUCGUCUCUCUGCACUACGACUGGCGCAUGACGCUGUCCUUCUCCGGCCUCAUCUGCGUCGUCGUCUCUUUUGUUUGCCUUCUCCUCAUUAAGAACGAGCCGUCAGACGUUGGGCUGCCCAACAUCGACCAAGGAGCCAAGAAAGGGAAGAAAGGCUCCACCAGUGACAACAGCACUUUGACAGAGCUGCUGCUCUCCCCAUACCUCUGGGUGCUCUCAACGGGCUACCUGGUGGUUUUCGGAGUGAAAACAUGCUGUACCGACUGGGGACAGCUCUUCCUCAUCCAGGAGAGGGGACAAUCCAUGCUUGUGGGUAGUUCCUACAUGAGCGCCCUGGAGAUCGGGGGCCUGGUGGGAAGCAUCGCUGCCGGGUACCUUUCCGACCGAGCAGUAGCGAGAGUGGGUCUGUCGAGCUAUGGGAACCCUCGGCACACGCUGCUGCUCUCCAUGAUGGCCGGGAUGUGUGUGUCCAUGUUCCUCUUCCGUGUCACGGUGACGGGCGACUCUCCCAAGGAAAAUCACUUCUGGACUAUAGCCUUGCAACCUCUAGCUGAUCUUACAGGCCUAAAAGAACAUGAGCUGUGGAUCCUGACGCUGGGAGCCGUGUUUGGGUUCUCCUCCUAUGGGCCUAUCGCCCUCUUUGGGGUUAUUGCCAACGAAAGUGCCCCCGCCAACCUCUGCGGCACCUCCCACGCCAUAGUGGCCCUCAUGGCCAACGUGGGGGGCUUUCUGGCCGGGCUGCCCUUCAGCACCAUCGCCAAGCACUACAGCUGGGCCACUGCCUUCUGGGUGGCCGAAAUCACCUGCACCGCCAGCACCGUGGCUUUCUUCCUCCUGCGGAACAUCCGCACCAAGAUGGGCCGGGUCCCCAAGAAGGCCGACUGAGGACGAGCUGCAUGGCGACGGGGAUGCUCCCGCACCGACGUGAGCGCAGCCCGUGUCGGGUUUAAUAGGAGUGAGUUACCUAUUGCUGCAACCUCGAUAAAAGUCUCUCAGUGUCUCACCCACUGUCACGUGCCCCAGGGCACAUCCCGCUACCCGUCACUUUUUUUUUUUUUUUUUUUUCCCUCAAAAUGUGAUAAUUCAGCUCAUUUACAGCUGCGAUGAUUUCACUGUACCUCCUCCUCACAGCACUGUUGGUGAAGCGAGCGGGCUCCGUGGCUUCUCCACUGAACGUGCUCUGAAAGGACCAGCUCCAGCCACCAUCACCUUUUCUUCUGUCCUGACUGUUCCUCUUGCCCAUUAAUUACCAGUUCAGCCCCAUUUUCCAGGGGUGCUGCAGCAAGCAUCCACCCCAUCCCUAUGCUCCCAGCCCCACGACAGUGGCAGAGCAGCGAGCGAUGAUGAUGGUGGUGGUUUGGCCUCGCAGUCGAUUUGAACGGUGCGGCUGUAGUGUUGCCUGGUCUCGGCUGUGGGGAGGAAGGGGAGGGGGGUGCGGGGGCCGUGGCAGCGCUUAGGAAUAGGCAGGUUUCCAAGAAAUUCUUGGAAUCUCGGGGGCAAGUGUUUAGAGAAGCUCCGUCUGCCGAGCCCGUCCUGCCCGCUGCGCUCUCCGCACGCGCCGUUAAUGAUUAGCGAGGGAGGCAGCUGCUCAUGGGGAACGAGCCGGAAAACUGAGCCGGCAGCAGGCAUCGCAACAGCCACUGGGUUUCCUGAAAACCCCCGUUUCUGGCAUAGGCUUUUGAUUUUUUCAGUACAGUCUGGGAUGUUUUUGGUUGAGCUGCGUCUCUCAGGGCUGUGGGGAGGGAACUGGCUACCUCUGAGCGGAGCCCCCACUGAGAGCCAGGCCCAGUGCUCUCUGCAAUAACUACACUCAGGUUUUUAACUGGAAUUUUGUUGAAUAUUCUUGUUUUUCCCCAAAAGGAUAUACUGCUUUAGGGUCGCGGAAUAGGCAAGUUCAGCUCGUGAAGAAUCUGCACACGGGUGCUUUGCUGAACAGCUCGGUUGCAAGAGUAGGUAGCCAGCCUUAAUUGAAGCAAUGGAAGUGAAUUACAUUUUGUACUUAAUUCUAUGAUCUUCUACUAUCUGUGAAAUAAAAACGGAGCAGUGUCA